AUGCUAAGAUCUGAAGGCCCCUUUGAAGUUGUGGAGAGGGUUGGACCUAAUGCGUACAAGCUCAAACUUUUGGGAGGCUUUGGAGUUUAUUCUACCUUUAAUGUUGGUGAUCUUGCUCCUUUUCUUUUUGAGGAAUAUGUUGGUGAUAAUGAUCCGAAAUUAAGGGCAAUUUCUUUUGAAGAGGAUGGGUUUGAUGCGGGUGCUAGGUGGGGAUACUCGGGUAAAUUGAAUGCGAAGGGAGCUGCUCUGAGUUUCGUGGUGCCGUUGAUAAAAGAAGGUAAGCCCAUUGCUAUAUUACCUACUGAAGAAAUUGCUAAGAAUACUAAAAAAUGGAGUAAUGCUGCUGUGUUGUAUGUUGUUGGGUUUUCUCCUUUAAUUGCUGCUAUUCAUAGAUUUAUUGCUGAACAAUGGAACAGGAUUGCUAAGCCUGAAGUUUAUUGGCAUGAUGAUGGCUACUUUAUUGUCAAUUUCUGCUCACAUGUUGAUUUAAAUUCUGUUUUGUGUAAUGGACCGGAUAUGUACAAUGGUAAACCGAUUAUUGUGAAACAGUGGUCAGACAAGUUUUAUUUUAGUGCUGAGGUUUUACGUAACGUUCCUUUAUGGGUUAGAUUGUCUAAUUUUCCAUUAAAUUGCUGGGGGACGGAGACUUUGAGUAAGAUAGGGAGUCUGCUAGGGGUUCCGAUUUGUGCUGAUGAGUGUACAACUAGGAAGUUGAGGGUUUCUUUUGCCCGAUUGCUUAUGGAAAUUGAUGUUACAAAGUCGUUGCCUAAAUCUGUUUGGGUUGAAAGCUUGGGAGGUGAGCUAGUGGAGCUAACAGUUGAAUACAAUUGGAUACCCCCUUUCUGUGAGAAAUGUAAGAAGGUUGGGCAUGCUUGUGUUGGACAGCAAGAUAAGCCUAUGUCGUAUGCCCAGCAAGUGAUGAAGAAGCCUCAGCCUUUACAACAGAAUACUCGAGUUUUGAAUGUGGCAGUCGUUACUUCUCAGGCUAUCAACAAGCCAGCAAAUCUUGACGAAUGGCAAUUGGUGAAAAACAAACGAAAGGGUGUGGCUGUCUCUCAAAAUGUUACUAGCAACACUAAUCAGUUUUCCGUUUUAUCUGAGUCGGUCAGUGGUGAUCAGGGGGUUCAAGCAAGCAAGCAAAGAUCCAAGCGGGGGUGGGCCCCCUUGGAUGCAAUGAUUGUUGUUACCUGGAAUAUGAGGGGUCUAAAUGACCCUAGCAAGGUAGCUGAUGUUAAGCAACUACUUUUAGGAACAAAGAGUGAUUAUAUUUUCUUGCUUGAGACAAAAGUUAAAGUGAAGAAAUGUGAGGCUAUUCAAAAGAAAUUUGUUGGGUUUACUUGGAUUGCCAAUUAUACUGCUUCUACUAGAGGCAGGAUAUGGGUAGGGUGGAAAAAUGACAGACUUCAUGUUGAUGUGCUAGCUGUCCAUGAACAUUUUAUACAUUACCUUAUUAGUACUAAGGAUUUGCAAACCCAAAUUGCUUAUACCUUUGUCUAUGGCCUCCAUUCUGUCCAUGAUAGGAAAAGGAUGUGGGCUGUUAUUCAGAGUCUAGGGGUCAUCCCUAUUCCUUGGUUAUGUGCUGGAGACUUCAAUGCUAUUCUUGAUGAUGAAGAUAAAAUUAAUGGAAAUCCCAUCUCUGCAUACGAGACUAAGGAUUUCCAAAAGUUCAUUGGGAACAUGGAGCUUGUAGAGAUUAAGAGUAAGGGCUCCUACUACUCUUGGUCUAAUAAGGCUCGUAAUGGGCCUCGUGUGUACUCUCGGAUUGAUAGGGGGCUUAUAAAUGCUGCUUGGUUAACUCAGUAUCGAAAUGUUGAAGCCAUUUAUCUUGCACCUUCUCUGUCAGAUCAUACUCCAGUGCUUUAUGAGGUUUUUCCUUCUUCCACCGGCAAAGGUAAACCCUUUAAAUUUCUCAAUUGUCUGCUUUCUCAUGUGGACUUUCAGAUUACGAUUGAGGAUGCUUGGAGGAAGGAAGCUAGUGGUGGUGCGAUGCUCAGAUGGAAUAAGCUUAAAACUAUCAAAGAGAAACUCAAAAGAUAA